AUGGGAACUUGUCAAGGAACCAAAAAAACAUAAUAAAAAAAACCAAAUCUUGAAAUCCAAAUCCCUAACAAUGAUAAUCUUGAAAAUUCAAGAAAAUCAUAAAAUUAUCAACCCAAAAGUGCUAUUGUAGAGAAAAAGACACCAGCAAGUUCAUAAAGACAAUCUUUAAGAAGUUAACAAUUUCAAUUCAAUAGUGCAUCGAGUGAUUAGGCUCUUAAAAGUAGAUUUUCAACUCCUAUGGUUGAUUUAAAAAAUCUUGAGUAAGAUCAGGUAAGAACAUGUAAACAUAAAACAACUUUUAAAAUGAAUGCUACAGUAAAGAAAGUAGCCUUUUCUAAAUUUUAUUCUGUUCAAUAAAGUAAGAAAAAUAGUUUCUCUAAAAUUCCUGGAGGAAGCAUUCUUGUUCAACAUAAUAUGACAGGUAAAUUACAUUACGCAGAUAUUUUGGAAAACACAUAAAUCACUAAAUUCUAUGUUGAUGAAUUAUUGAGAUGUUAAUUGGUAAUAUUAGAUAAUAAUUAUGUGUUUAGCAACAUCCAAAUAUAACAAAUGUUAUAGAAAUUUUGGAGGACAAAUCUUAAUAUAUAGUUAUAAAAGAAUGUGCAUAGGGAGUUCCAAUUUCAUAUUUAGAAUCUCCUGAAAAAUAAGCUAGCAUUUUAAAAUAAAUCAUAGAGAUAGUAUGUUAUUUGCAUAGUAAAAAUUUAAUACAUGGAGCAUUAUGGUUAGGGGCUUUUGAAAGAAAUAAUGAUUUAGUUAAAUUGGUUGAUAUUUAAAGUAUUUUUAUAAGACAUGAACCUACUAAUCAUGAUGCUGAAUAUGUAGCACCUGAAUGUACAUUGGAUUCAACUAUUUAUACAAAAGAAAGAGAUAUUUGGGCUGUAGGAAUGAUAGCACAUAAUCUUAUUUGUGGUAGAUAUUUUAAGGCAACAAAUGCUUAAGAUAUUAUUAAAGAAAUAGAAUAAGUUAGAAUAAAAAAACAUUUGCAUCUUGAUAAUUCAUAAAUUAAAGAAUUUUUAGAAAAGUUUUUACAUAUUACUCCUGAAAAAAGAAUAGCACUUUAAGAAGCAUUAAAAGAUUAAUUUCUACCAAAGACUAAUGAAAUGGAAGAAUUUGAUAAAAUAUUGAAAAGAAAUUAAAAAUUACAAAAAAUAAGUGUUCUACAAUAAUGUUUAUUGUUAUUAUUUAUUAAUUAAUUUGAAGAAUAGAAGAUCAAAUAUUAAAAGGUAUUUUAGAACCUGGAUGUAGAUUAUGAUGGAAAAAUAUCAAAGAAUGAAUGUUUAAGCUUAUAUCCUGAUAAAGAAGAGUAAAUUAAUUCUCUUUUUAAUUUACUUUCCCUUAAGGAUAAAAUGGAUUUUUAAGAGUUUUUAGUUAUUUCAGUAGAUAGGACUUAGUUGUUGACUUCUCAAAAUAUUGAAACCAUUUUCAAUCUAUAUGCAACAGUUAAAAAAUUUCUUCUUUUACAAACAUUAGUAAAUCUCUAUAAAUCAAGAGAAAAUGAAUUGUAAGAAGCUUUUAGUGAAUACGAUCAUGCUCAUGUAUAAUAUAUAUAUAUUAAUUAAAUUAGAUAAAUUUUAAAACUUUCGAAACUCUAUUGACAGAUUUGUUGUGA